UCCUUCUCAUCUAACCAACCAGCCCAAGCGAAUUUUAUUCUGCUCGAUCCGACGAUUCCUGGUUGUUCCGCUGCGCCUGACCCAUGGCCGCGUCAUUGCUUCGCCGUGGCGCCGUAACCAGCCGCCGGCGGUGUCCGGGGGACGUGCUGUGGAGGCUGGUCUCGUCGGAGGCGGCGCCCGAGGGGGCCCCGUCGCGGCCGCCGCCGCCGGAGAUGCCGCCGUUCGAGCACCGGCCCCGUCCGUACGCCGGGAUGGGGGCCGCUGAGAUCCUCGAGAAGAGGAAGAAGUUCCUGGGCUCGUCGCUCUUCCACUACUACAAGAAACCGCUGAACAUUGUCGAAGGGAAGAUGCAGUAUCUGUAUGAUGAGCAUGGGAAGAGAUACCUCGAUUGCUUCGGAGGGAUCGUGACAGUGUCAUGUGGCCACUGCCAUCCGGAUAUUGUGAAUGCUGUGGUGGAGCAGACCAAGUUGCUUCAACACACAACCACCAUAUACCUGCAUCAAGCCAUCGUCGAGUUUGCAGAAGCACUUGCCUCCAAAAUGCCAGGCAAUCUCAAGGUUGUGUAUUUUGUCAAUUCUGGGACUGAAGCGAAUGAAUUGGCAAUGUUGAUGGCUCGGCUGUACAGUGGGAAUCUCAGUAUGAUUGCACUCAGAAAUGCAUAUCACGGUGGAAGUGCUGGAACGAUAGGACUGACUGGUUUGCAGACGUGGAAGUACCCGAUUCCUCAGGGUGAAAUACAUCAUGUCAUGAACCCUGAUCCUUACCGGGGAACUUUCGGGUCAGACGCUUCAGCUUACGCCAAGGAAGUCGAGGAACAUAUAACUUAUGGAAGCUCAGGAAGGCUUGCAGGUUUCAUUGCAGAAACUUUUCAGGGUGUUGGAGGUGCUAUUGAACUAGCUCCUGGAUACCUAAAGUUAGCUUAUGAUAUUGUGCGGAAGGCUGGCGGCGUAUGUAUAGCUGAUGAAGUCCAGAGUGGUUUUGGUCGUACUGGAAGUCAUUACUGGGGAUUCCAGACACAAGGGGUCAUUCCUGACAUCGUAACAAUGGCAAAGGGAAUUGGCAAUGGUCUACCAUUGGGGGCUGUUGUAACGACUCCUGAGAUUGCAAGUGUGUUAGCUCAAAAAAUCCAAUUUAACACAUUUGGUGGAAAUCCAGUUUGUUCUGCUGGUGGAUUGGCUGUGCUUAAGGUUCUUGACAAGGAGAAACGCCAGGCACAUUGUGCUGAUGUCGGAUCUCACUUGGUGGAGCGUCUAAAAUCGCUUCAGCAAAAGCAUGAAAUCAUAGGAGAUGUUAGAGGAAGGGGACUGAUGCUUGGUGUGGAACUCGUUACUGACAGAAAUGAGAAGACCCCUGCCAAGGCGGAAACUACUGAACUGUUUGAGAAACUCAAAGAUCUCGGAGUCCUAGUUGGGAAAGGUGGUCUGCAUGGUAGCGUCUUCAGAAUAAAACCACCAAUGUGCUUUUCAAAGGACGAUGCAGACUUCUUGGUGGAAGCCAUGGACUACGCAAUGUCAGGGCUCUGAGAGACAUGCUCCAAAUUCUGAGACCUCUUCUGCGUCGAGAUAUCAUCGCACGCUGUGCAAGAUGCAUGCCAUGGUACUGAAUGGCAGACAGUUUCAUGGGCGUGUUCCCGGGUGAUGUGUUUCUGUCAUGGUCAUAUAGAAUCCCCCAGGAAUAAAUGGAUUAUUAAGGGGGAGAAAACAUAAGAGAUUCAGAAUGUAAUUUCUAGCUUUGCCUGCUGUUUGUACAAGAAUCCUGUGAUCCAUUUGCACGUGUGCAUUUUCCAGCAUUUACACCAA